AUGGCAGGAGACAGCGCGACAAAGCCAGGUGACCAAGCCGAAAAUGAGAGCACUAGUCGGCAGCCUUUCCUCAUUGGUGUGGCUGGAGGGACGGCCAGCGGCAAGUCGUCGGUGUGCAGCAAGAUCAUGGAGCUGCUGGGCCAGAACGAGAUCGACCACCACCAGCGGCAGGUGGCCAUCCUCAGCCAAGACAGCUUCUACAGGGUCCUCACCCCAGAGCAGAAGGCCAAAGCACUUAAGGGCCAGUUCAACUUCGACCACCCAGAUGCCUUUGACAACGACCUCAUCAUCGCGACUCUGUGGGACAUCAAGGAGGGAAAAAGCGUCCACCUCCCUGUUUAUGACUUUGUCUCCCAUUCCAGGAAGGAAGAGACGGUGACGGUGUACCCUGCUGACGUCGUGCUGUUCGAGGGCAUCCUGAUGUUCUAUUCCCAGGAGAUCCGAGACCUCUUCCAAAUGAAGCUGUUCGUGGACACCGACGCAGAUACACGUCUAUCUCGAAGAGUGCUGCGUGAUAUAAGUGAACGUGGGCGGGACCUGGAAAGCGUUCUCGCUCAGUACAUCACUUUUGUAAAGCCUGCGUUUGAGGACUUCUGCCUGCCAACCAAGAAAUAUGCUGACGUGAUCAUACCGAGAGGAGUUGACAAUCUCGUUGCCAUAAAUCUGAUUGUUCAGCACAUCCAGGAUAUCCUCAACGGCGGUUUGACCAAGCGGCUGAACGGGUGGUUAAAUGUUUACGGCACGCCGAAGGAGCAGCCGAACAUGGAGUCCAGCAGUCGGCCCCACUGAGUGCAGCGAGACGAAGGAGGCGCUCAAGAAGCCCAACGGGCACGUCGUCGUGGCUCGCAAGGCACGGCUAAUUUACAGGGACACAAAAGGCCUCUUUUUCCUUCUUCUUUCUUUUAUAUGAUUCUGUUUGGACUGAAGAAAUUAAUCGAACAGAGAGUAUCCCUUUUCGUGGAAAUUAAAGCUUCAGUUAUACAUUUCUCUUCAAUUUGUGUACUGUGAGAAAAGGGAUGGAGAGAGAUACAAAGGAGCCAACUCACAAUUUAAUGAAAUGUUGCUUGGCUUUUACUACAGCACUGACGGAGCAGAAGCUGUAAAGACCAUUUCAGAACACUUGACUGCCUUUAAGAUUACAAUGAAUGCCGUCAAGCGACUCGCUGCUUAAAGGCAAGGCCUUACCCUUUAGGAGGUGUAACCUUCCCCCUUUUGUUAAUACAACUUGCCAUGUUUUCUUUCUUUUCAAGCGCUGUAUGAAUCCUAAUUUGACCGGAACAAAUAGAUUUUGAAGACACGUCUAAUGGUGCGUGAUGUUUGUCUCAUCUGACUCUAACAAAGUGAAUUGGCUGUUAGUCAAUUUGAACAACUGAUUCACACCUCAAACCAUCUGAUGUUUGAAAUCACCAAAGAUCAUUUUCUGUGCCGUCUUUGUGGAAACAUUUUGUGUUUCAAUGUGAUGCUGACAUUACUGUAACUCAUUCAAUAAGAUGCUAAGAAAUUACCACAAGGUGUUCAUUUUCUUUUGAUUUCCAUGAACUUGAAUACUCGGAUGUUUUCGAAUGCAAGUUUCAUUUGGAAGACGCAUUGAAAAUAGUGUUUCCUAAUGCACCGAGUUAUUUAGAUGUCAAUAAGUACAAAAUGCCCGAUGUAAAUGUGCACUGUAAGUGUUGUUUAAUGGGAUUUUCUUUUGUCCUGUGUACAUUUUCUCAUGAUAAAGUUCUCAGGUACUCUUUG